GCAUCACAAAGCCUUCUCUUAAGCAGCACCUUUUUAAGGUGUUUUUCUCUACUACGCUUUCUCGUUUCCUUUCCCAAAGCUAACAAAGGCUAACAGCAACGAAACGCUCUCACAUCACGCAGCGAUGAUGCUUCCAGAUUACAUUGAGUUUGAAGAGGACAACGGUGAUUCGCUGCCGGAUGAGUUUCGGUGCCUCGUAUGCUACGGACCUCUUUCUUGUGCAGUGAACACCGCCUGCCAGCACCGGAUCUGCCGCAGCUGUUCACAGAAACUUCAGGAAGACGGCAAAACGCAAUGCAGUUUCUGCAUGCACCUACGAAACACAGAGGAAGACGUGGAGCUCAGCAAGCGUGUCAACGAAUACGUGAAACCGUUUCUUUUAGCCAAAGCACAUGAACUUCUCGAGGAGCUUUUUCCGCCGCCACUGCUUACCGUCAUUCCACAGUUUGCCGACCGUUUCAUGCAAACGGACCCCCACCGGCUGCACUUGACACGCCUUAUAUACGAGCUGAAGAACUUGAAGGAGUAUCUUUCUCGCAAUCCAGUGGACAUGCAGAAUGCUGGCGGCAUUUCCAGCCGGAUCGUCGCCUGCACGUCUCAGAAGGAAUUCGACGCUGUUCGAGGCAGGGAAACCGUUCUAUCACUUACGAUACAGGGUACCUGGUGUGUCACGCUGGACCUGCUAUUUAGCGAAUUCAGCAGUGUACACGAGCUGAACUUGAAGGGCUGCGCCCAACUGUGGUCGCUAUCAGGCGUGGAGUGCUUGCGGUCACUCACGCACCUCAUCGUGGAAGACUGCGGCGUGGUCGGUGCGUGGGGCAUCGAAGACUGCCCGCAUCUCUAUCAUAUAGAGUUCAGACGCUGUCCAGAAUUCAGAGGACUUUCUUUGCUGCGAGGCGAGCGGAACAUCGCAGCGGCAAACGACAACUCUCAGCAGCUUGGUGUGGUGCGCAUCUCAGAGUGCCCUCUGUUCGAAUACAUUGAGACUACACCUUCUGCUUUAACGCUGCGUGAGCUCACUGUGUCUUAUACGAGGUUUUCAGAUCUUACUGAUCUCCGUUCUUGCAGUUCCCUUGAGCACCUCGACGUGAGCGGCUGCCACCGACUCACCGACCUCAGCCCGGUCAAAGAUUUACAGCGACUUACGUGGAUCGACAUUUCUGACACUUCUGUGGCAGACCCGCUUGCAACGUUGUCCCAGCUGGCACAGCUGACGGAGGUAAAGAUGAACGGGUGCAACGCGCGAGGCGACCUCCGUGAACCGGAAACCGCAACCGCCCCGAGGGCUGUGGAAGCGGCCCGGGCAGCCGUCACGAGACUGCGCCGAAAGAGGAGACAGCGCCAACGUGCGUGA